AUGAUUUCGAAGGUAUUAGGUGAAAUUGCUAUAGACCCAGUCACCAGAGGUGGCGAUCACAAUCAAACUUGGUUCGAAGUAAUAGCGGUGCGGCCUCGCGAAGGAGACGUGGGGGUUCAUUUGCGGCAAAAUUGCGAGGCCUAUAUUCAUCAUCAAACAGAUCCAGUUAGGAUAUUGACUUACAGAAAAGGACUUGGAGAACUAAACUGGGAAAAACCGGAGGUAUGUUUCGCAUGCGCACAGCCCCGAGUAAAUAGGGCCGACGUCGUGCGAGGGGUGGCCAAAAUAAAAAGAGAAACCUGGGUUGCAUCAACAGGUCGAGUCCGCUGGCGUGACUACUAG